UCUAAUUUCUACCUUUCAUUUUGCGUCAAAAAAAUAUAUAUUUUCAAAUUCAUUUAAUAAAUUUUGUGACCCGAAAGGCUUUCAAAGGCAGUAGAAAAGUCGUUCAUACGAGUACAGACAUAUUUUUUUUGCUGUCCUUGAAACUAUAAACGAUGUCUGAGCCUGAGAAUAACGACAGCUUGAUAUCCAAUGUGGCAUCUGAAACCUGCUACCUUGACUUGGAUUACUCUGAAAUCGAUGUGGAAAACGAACUAAAAUCAUGCGACUGUAGUCUUAUUGGAUUGGAGGAUGACAGCGCCACCAACAUAAGUUUGCAUGUUAAAAUCACAAAGCGAAUUGAAGAUAAGGAAACAACUGAAUGUUUACAAACAUGUUUGUCCGAGUCAAACUUACCUGAUACAGCAAAUGGAUCUACGGAUAAGGAAGUCAACUGCAUGAAAGCUGAGGUUGUAGAAAACACCGAAACCAUCAAUCAAAAUGAUAUUACCAUUUCGGCGAAUAGCUCAGAACUUUCUAUAAAUAGCAAGCUCCUUAUUAAAAACAAAACCGAUUAUUCGGAAAUAAAAACAAAUUACACUCCCUCAACUGAAGAAGAAUCUCUUAAGGAUAAGGAUCAAUUCAAAACAAGAGCUGUGGAUUCUCAAGAAAAAACUGUUUACCCAAAAACAAUUUAUAAUAAAAACAUGGAAAUUACCAAAGACACCGUUAGUGGAGCUGAAUCUGACAAUGAAUUGCCAGUAAAUGAAAAGUGCAAGCUAUUGAAAUCUGAAGAGUUGUCCCAAAACAAAGUGGAGCAGGAUCAGAUUCAAGCUGCCGAAGAGGCCCAGGAUCUGGAAGAUGGCGAAGUAUCCGACGACAACGGGGAUAGUCCACUGAAAGUGCCAGUGUGUCGAUUCUACGUUCGGAAUGGUUGCAACUGGGGCAACAAUUGCCGUUUCCGUCAUCCAGGGUCGAAUAAAAAGGGAAACUAUGUGAUGUUCGAAAAUAAAGUCCUUCCAGUUGUCAACAAUCCACUGCCUCGAGCUUGGACACCUUCCAUAAAACCGGCAUUCCCAUUCAACUUGAGUAACGUGAACACCGAUUGCUACUACCCCCAGGAUCAGCCGGAUGUGUCAAAACGUGCCCCGUUGGUGCCAACCCCAUCGUUUAAAGAGAUUUUGUUGACCCAUAAGAACAAUCAAAAAUUGGGCGAUUUACACCGAUCGGUUCCCAGUCCGGACAAGCCAAAGCAGAUUCGUUGGAAAAGCCGGCUAAGCUCGGGUUCUCCCUGCUCCACUAACGUGCAAUGGUCACCAGCGAAAAUCAGAUCCCCUAGCAUCUCACCACCUAGAUAUGCUAAUCAGGUUCAUCUAGAAGUCCGGUCAACUCUGAGCUCCAAACCCUCCACUAAGCGGUAUCGUUUGCCAAGUCCUCCACGGACCUCGACCACCAGGAUUCGCGGACCUCGUACUCCACCGUGCAGCCCUCCAGUACGUCCGAGUGCUAAGAUACAAACUGCACCAAAAAGACAACGUCUUUACACAUAUUUAUCGAGUUCCACGGACUCUAGUUGCACAUCCACCUCCGAAAGUUCGGAGGAGAGCUUAUCUUCAUCAGAUUCUGAUAAAGAAUAUUGGAGUAGGAGUUCCCGACGAAUUAAUCAGACAAAACCUUUCAGAGCACCGGCAAAGUCAAGCACGAGACCAUCAAUCGAAUGUACACCGCGGCCAUCCCGACGACAAGAAACCUCUGAUAUAAAUCGAGCCUCAAGGCACACUUCGAAAUCAAAGUCCCGGAAGCCUUCGUCAAGAACCAUAAAGAAGUCAUCGCCUGAAAGAGAUCCUGAAAGGGUCCCUACAAGAGCCUCAAGGAAGCCCAUUUGCGAAAGGAAUAUUUCCUGCCCAGGUAGGAGGGAGUACUUACUAAUGAAAUUAUUACAAGUGGAGGAGCAAAUCGCCAAAAAGAAAAAGAAAAUGAACAUAAAAUAAUUAAAGUACCUCAGAAAUUAUAAUUUAAGCAAAUCUUUAU